AUGGUUCUCGUGAAUCUUCAACAUUUGUCACACCUUCAUUUGCUCAACUGUUCACAAUGUUCAAGGAAAUGGGGUAGAAAUUUUAAGACAAAGUUGAUUCAAACCUUUCAAGAAUUAAGAAAGCUCGCCUUCCCACAUAAUGGCACUUUCUCAGUUUUGUCCUCACUCAGUCUCUUUUCAGAUCUAGUUUCAUUAGCAUGCUUUCAAUCGAAUAUAGAAGGUCCAAGCAAUUGUGUUUUCUUGGUUGAUGACGAAUCAAAUGAGGACAAUGACCAAGACGGUGAAAAUCAAUUCGAACGUGAAGGUCUUACUAAAAGCUUUCCAAUACAAGAUAGUCAAGAUGAGGAUACUCCUACGCAGAUGGAAGACAUACCUUCCAAUGAAGGACUGAUAGUUGAUGAUGAACCAAAUGACAUGUCAAUCAUCCUACACUCUAAAGCGUCUACCAGGACAUUCAACAUUGAUCUUGAUGAUUACUCUCCCUCAACUCCACAAGAGUAUACAAAUGAAGCAGAUACAUCUGAACCUGAGCCUGAACAUGUUAAAAUAACUGCCCAUAUGGCAGCUGACGUUAGUGAUCAAGUUCAACUUCAAUUGGAUUCAUUGCGCUCUGACAUUUCAAAUCUCUCUAAAUCCAAUUCUCAGAAGGUCCAUAACAACUCGGGUGAUAUCUCUUCUCUUCAGAAAACUGUUCAGCUAUUAGUCAAUGAAGUCAAGGAUAUCAAGCCACGUAAACCAGAGGGGGAAAAGGUAGACAAGUCCAGAUCAAUUCAUUCUCAUAUCAUUCAUCAGAUUCUAGAUUCACCAAAUGAGUUUGAGAAAAGGAGAAAUGAAAAAUUAGAGUCAAUCAAGAAAAUGGUUGUUGAAGCAAGACUAAAAGCUCAACAAAACAGAGUACAAAUGGUAAAAAUAGAAAAGGAACUCAUUCGAAAGCAAGGGAUCAAGCAUCCAGCACUAAAGAUUAAGGUCAUCAAGCCUACAAAUUCCUUUACACCUCUAUCAGAUUCCUCUAAAGAAAAUUGGGAUAUCCAUGCACCCCCGAAUGGUACAAAAUUCAAUUUGUGGCCAAGUGCAAUAUAUCUAGUUAAGUCUGGUAUAGACAUUGAAGAAGUGAAGAAAGGAUUCUUAUUGAAGAAACCAAUUCAAGUUGUCUCUGUAUGGUCAAAGUUCAAAAAUGCUUCAAUUAGUAAAACAGACAUCCGAGAAUUUCAAAAGAUGUCAUAUGCAUUCUUUCAAGGAAAAAGGACAAACAACUCUGAAUUCAUAUUUUCUGAAGCUGAUUUGCCUAGGAUAAAUCAACCUGAUAUCAAAUCACUGAUUUGUUGGUUGAAGCAAAGGGCAAGUACUAAUAAAGCUUAUGCAGAUGCCCUACAGCGCUUGAGGCAAUAUGUUUUGAAUAUGGUUAUGGAUUUCAGUGUUGAUUGA